AUGGACUGGCACGUAGCGUCCGGGGCCCAUGCGCUGGCCGCACGCAGCAACCGGUCGUACCGCGACCUCUGCCGACGCGCGCUCUUGCCCGGCGCCGUGCUGGAGGCCGACGCGCGCCAGAUCGCGCUCGACGUCCCGCGUGCCGGCGUGUCCCUCUACCGCUACGUCUUGCACCGAGACGUGACCGAAGAUGACAGCCUCGACAUGGCGCCGUUAGCACCCUACCUCGAGUCGCUCAAGCGCAUUUUGAUGGCCUACGCCGUGCGCAACGUGCGCGUCGGGUACGUGCAAGGCCACGCCGACGUGGUGAGCUUUCUCCUCGGCCACGUCCAUGAGGCCUCGGCCGGCUACGACGAAGAACAUGUCUUCUGGGUCUAUUGCGUUGUCAUGGAGCGCAUCUUUCCGUCCGACUUUUUCGCGCGCCUUCCCAAGCUCCAAGGCUUUCACGUCGACAUGGAUGUCCUUGGCCAUCUCAUCGCCUUGAAGCUGCCGCGGCUGGCCAACGCCAUGCCCGAGAGCGACUUGCAAUGUCUCUCGUCGCUGCUCGCGUUCAAGUGGUUCAUCACAGUCUUUGUGGACCAAGUGCCCACGCAAGCGCUGGCGAGCUACUGGAACUACACGCUGACAGCGACUCCGAGCACGGGCUCGAUCGCACACUUUGUCAUGGCGCUCAUGCUGCUCGACUCGGCCACCGACGACAUCAUCGACUCGAUCACACAGGACGACGGCGAUGCCAGCUUUGCGUACAAGAUUGCGCUCGAACACGCAGCGAGCAUGGACAUGGACGUCUUUGCACAACUUGAAGCCAAGGCCGCGACGUAUGCGCUCACCGAAGAGGCCAUCGAAGCGCUCCGCGUCGACGUGCGCGUGAACCCGCAUUACAUGGAGCAAGAGGUGUGCGCGCUCCAUGGCAUCACCCAUUUCGACCGCUCGCAGUUGGAGCAGCUCCAGCUCGAGUUUCAGUUCAUUUUGCGCACGACCAACCACGCCAAGCUGCCGACGCUGGCCGGCGGCAUCAACAAGGAAGUGUUGCGGCCGAUCCUGUCGCGCGUCAUCCCCGAGUGGGGCCCAAAGAGCCUCGACCAGCUCUUCGAGGUCCUGCAGCCCGACGCGCGCGGCCACGUCGACUUUCAACGCCUCAUGCUCGCGCUCUCUGUGCUCUGCAAGGGCACGUUGGAAGAGAAGCUGCAGCUGUGCUUUGACCUGUACGACGGCGAGAAGGUCGGCCACCUCGACGUCGAGCAGAUGAUCCUCAUGGCCGGGUCGCUCUGCGAGAUCUACCACAACAAGGUCUCGAUCACCGCUGCGCACCCGAAAAAGAAGAAAAAUAAAUUCCGGUCCGCGUCCGCCGACACGGCGCAGAUCAUUGACGACGAGGACGACACGGCCGCGCUCUUUGACCGCUUUGGGCGCGUGCUCCCGACCGCCUUUAUGCAGAAGCUCCUGCGCAUGGACGUCGACUUGGACCGGAAGCUCUCGUUUCGCGAGUGGUACCAAGGCGCGAUGACCGAGCCGCUCAUUUUGCGCUGCUUUGGCGACGAAGACGACGAACCGACGGCCACGGUAAGCCGCCGGCCGUCGCGGAGCUUUUGGGUCGACGACCUCAAGCCGACGCUCGCAAUGCGCCGGCGCAGCAACAGCUCGGACGGCGUCGUGCCGAUUCGGUCGCCACCGAUUGCGCGGGAGAAGGCGCUCUCGGCUGCGAGCGACAACCCGUACCGGCGCAAGGACGGCGGCCGCAUCUCGCUCUUGUCGCCAACGACCGAGUUUGAGCUCUUCUCGGCGACGAUGACCAUGUCAUCGCAGCCGACGAUCACGCCCGAGGACGACCAGGAAAGCAGCGUCGUCUCGGACAAGAAGGCUUCCGCGACGCUGUUUCCCGAAGCGCUCCAGGCGCGGAGUCCCGACAAGCUCUGCCAAGCGUCCUUUUGCUACGGGUGCACGAUUAGCUAG